ACACAAUCCUAAACAAGAAGAAGAAGUCUGAUAGGUCUCAUAGGCUUGGCUCAUCAAACUGUACCAUGGAUGCUGCUGUUGCCAAAAAACCAAAGCUAUGCAGAUUCUUCUUUCCUUUGGAAAAGCAAUUGAUGUUAUUUCCCAUUUUAAUUCUGCUGAUAAACCAGGCCUCUAAAAUGAACGCCGAGGACGGCGUUAUGGAGGAACUGGCAUCUGAGAAAGAGGCAGAAGAAAGUCAUCGACAGGACAGUGUGAAUUUAUUGACAUUCAUUUUACUGCUGACAUUAACAAUUCUGACCAUUUGGCUUUUCAAACACAGAAGAGUUCGUUUUCUCCACGAGACCGGGUUGGCAAUGAUAUACGGACUGUUGGUAGGUGUGAUCCUGCGUUAUGGAAUCCCAGCCACCAGCUACCACAAAAAAACUCCUCCCAGCUGUUCUCUUGAGGAGGGGCCAGUCAGUACGCUCCUACUGAACGUCAGUGGGAAGUUCUUUGAGUACACGCUGAAAGGAGAGAUCAACUCGAGGGAGAUACACAACGUGGAGCAGAAUGACAUGCUGCGUAAGGUUACCUUUGACCCUGAAGUAUUCUUCAAUAUACUGCUACCUCCAAUCAUUUUCCAUGCUGGCUAUAGUCUCAAAAAGAGACACUUCUUCAGGAACCUGGGCUCCAUCAUAACCUAUGCCUUCCUAGGAACAGCUAUCUCAUGCUUCGUCAUUGGAAACCUGAUGUAUGGAGUGGUGAAGCUGAUGCAGUUCAUAGGGCAGCUGACUAACAAGUUCUACUACACAGACUGUCUUUUCUUUGGAGCCAUCGUCUCUGCCACUGACCCAGUGACGGUGCUGGCCAUCUUCAAUGAGCUCCAUGCAGAUGGUGAUCUUUAUGCCCUGCUGUUUGGAGAGAGUGUCAUGAACGACGCAGUGGCCAUCGUCCUCUCCUCGUAA